CCGUAACACACACUAUUGUUCUGGAGACGAUAAACCCAAGUCCCAAAUGAUCCGUGGACUUUUCAUUUUUGAAGGGAAGAGUCUUCCCCUGAAUCCCUGAUUGUUUCAAGGGAAAAUAUUUAUAAUUUUUUCUUUUCCUCAGCUGCUCUUUCCGCAAUAAUGUCUUCUGAAGUUCGUUAACAACUCUGAAUCUCUGGGGCCGGAGCCUUCAGAGUUGGUUUGAUUGUUCUUAACUUCUCCCACAGAGCAAGCACCAGAAUAAGAAGCAAAAUCGAACAAGAGAGAGAGAGAGAGAGAGAGAGAGAGAGAGAGAGAGAGAUUAUGGGUACGGUCUCGGGGCAACGAGGCCCCAGAACAGGGACGACCCAAGAAAGCUCAGGCGUUGCUGGCGGGGUUUUGAUGGUCAACAGGAAGAAAUGUCCCAAUUUCAUGCCUCUUUUCAUAGCCGUCGUGGUCCUAGCCGAGAUCGCAUUUCUUGGUCGCCUCGACAUGGCGAAGAACGCCGCCAUUGUUAAUUCGUGGACCGGCUCGUUCUAUCAGGCAUCGCCGGAGCGAGAACUGGUGGGGGAGGAAAUGGGGUUGGGCAUAUUGAGUCUUGAUCGGAGCUCAGAAGCAGAUACUUGCGAGGAGUGGUUGGAAAGGGAAGACGCCGUCGAGUAUUCUAGGCAUUUUGAGAAGGAUCCUAUCUUGGUUUCUGGUGGCGAUCAGGAAUGGGAAACUUGUGCCGUUGGCUGUAAAUUUGGAUUUAAUCCUAGUAGGAAGCCUGAUGCUGUGUUUGGUUUAUCUCAACAAGAUGGAGCAGCCACUGUGCUUCGGUCAAUGGAAUCAGCUCAAUACUAUUUGGAGAACAAUGUUGCUCACGCUCGACGGAGGGGAUACAAAAUUGUAAUGACGACUAGUCUGUCAUCAGAUGUUCCUGUUGGAUAUUUUUCUUGGGCCGAGUAUGAUAUCAUGGCACCUUUGCAGCCGAAGACUGAGAGUGCCCUUGCUGCUGCUUUCAUUUCUAAUUGUGGUGCUCGCAACUUCCGCUUGCAAGCUCUUGAAGCACUUGAGAAGGCAAACAUCAAGAUAGAUUCUUAUGGUGGCUGCCAUCGGAAUCGUGAUGGAAGAGUGGACAAAGUACAAACUCUGAAACGUUACAAAUUUAGCUUGGCAUUUGAGAAUUCCAAUGAGGAGGACUACGUCACUGAAAAAUUCUUUCAGUCUCUUGUUGCUGGAACUGUCCCUGUGGUUGUUGGUGCUCCAAAUAUUGAAGAUUUUGCGCCUUCUCUUGGCUCAGUUUUACAUAUUAGGGAGGCAAAUGACGUUGACUCAGUUGCCAAGACUAUGAAAUCCCUUGCAGGAGAUGAUGAUGCAUUCAACAAUUUGUUGAGGUGGAAGCAUGAGGGCCCAUCUGAUUCUUUCAAGGCCCUUGUGGAUAUGGCAGCAGUACACUCUUCAUGCCGUCUUUGCAUUUUCCUGGCAACAAGGAUACGAGAGCAAGAGGAAAAGAGCCUAGGGCUCCAUAAACGUCCCUGUAAAUGCACCAGAGGCUCUGAAACAGUGUAUCAUUUAUAUGUAAGAGAGAGAGGAAGAUUUGAAAUGGUCUCUGUAUUUUUGAGGUCUGAGAAUUUUACGCUGGAGGCCUUGGAGUCUGCGGUGCUCAUGAAGUUUAAGUCUCUGAAGCAUGUACCCAUUUGGAAAAAAGAAAGACCCGAAAGUAUAAGGGGAGGGGAUGAUUUUAAAGUGUACCGAAUUUAUCCUGUUGGAAUGACACAGAGACAGGCCCUGUAUACCUUCAAAUUCAAAGAUGAUGCAGAUUUUAGAAGCCACGUGGAAAGAAACCCGUGUCCCAAGUUCGAAGUCAUUUUUGUGUAGCAGAUUUAGAUCCACAUCUCCCCCGUGCAGCGAGCAGUAAUUUGACAGUAUCCACUGCAUUUCUUUUUUGAGGGUUGAGGUGAUUUCAUCUGGGUAUGUUUCUCAUGCCCCUCAUAAUUUAUGUGAUCAAUGAUUUGCUAUAUGUAAUGUGGGGACGAAAGGAUUAAUGUAAGAAUAUUUAUGGCUUAUUGAGUAAGCCCCCUGAAUGCCACUAAUUGCUAAUCCUCCCAAGGAGUUUCAUC